AUGCCUAGACGUAAGGAGAAGCAAGAAAUCACGAAUGCGGCAACUUUCCCAAACAGAAGAAAUACCACUGAUGAUGAUGAUGAAGAAAGUGAUCUAAGAGAUGUGAAUCCAAUUUUUGGAUGUUUAAUUCCAUGUUUAAUGUGCUGUAUAUACCCUUAUCGCGCAUUCUUCUUAGUUGGGAGGCACAUAUUUAGAAGAAAAUCCAAAAAUAAAAGAUUUCAAACAACAAAUGAUCGUAGAAUGGUCGUUGAGGAGCACUUUCAACAGUUAAAUUGCUGUGUGUGCAAUUGCCAAUGUACUACUAAAUGCAACAGUGCAAAAUUAAGGUCAAAUCUAGUAAAGAAUCAGAAUAAUCUCCAACAAUAUCCAGAGACUUCAUUAGGGAACUAUUCGUUUAGUCCUGAAAUAUCCAAUUCCAAUUAUGCAGGUAUUCCUUUGUCAAAUUCAUAUGGACCAAGGAGGUAUGUUAUUGAUACAAUACAUAGAGAUAAACAUGAUAAAAACCAAUUUACACACUGUUCUUCAGGAUUUGAUGUAGAAGUGGAGAGGAAAAGUAAAAUAGCCCAGAUUUCAUCCUCGAAGCACCAUUGGCAUCUGAGUGAUAUAUAUAGUACUGACAAGGGUAAGAGUAAUAUAAAUAUAAAACAUAAUAAGGAAUUUAUUAAUAAAAAGUCUCGAUCUGAAAAUAGAAGGCAGGUGGAUUUUCUUCCAAAUUGUACUUCCCUUGCAUACAGUGAUACAAUUAUUCUGAAGUAUCACCAAGGUAUAUGUUUUGUGGAUGAAUAA